AUGACUAAUGAAAAGCAAAUAAGAAAACAGCGACUUACAUCAUCAGAGCUGGCAUCCAACGACAAUUUUUCUCUAAUGGUGAUAGGAGUUUUGAUAUUUUAUGGUUUUAUUCUCAUCACUUCACUUAUUGGAAACAUAUGGGUUUUGGUGACAUGUUAUCGGAACUUGAACCGAAAUCGGUUUUCUCCGAUGUGGUACGUGGCAAAUUUAGCAUUUGCCGAUCUCCUUUUCACUUUUCUCACUCCUUUCCACGCCAUUAAUUUUAGUUGGCGUUGGGUCGGCGGUGACGUAAUUUGCAAACUUCACGCAUUUCUCGUCGACACGAGCUACAAUACUUCAAUCACAACCCUUGUGGUUAUAGCUUACCUAAGACUCAAAGCUAUCACAGAUCCUUUCAAUUCUAGAGGCGACAACUUUUCCAACAAGGAAUACAUCAAAAUCGUUUUAAUCUGGUGUAUGUGCUUGGUAAUUUCCUCACCCACAGCAAGUAUGAACAAGGUCGAAACCAAUGAGGAUGGGAAACUGAUUUGCACCAACACCUCUUGGGGAAGCAUUGGCAGGGAAAUAUACUACACCGUACACGCAAUACUUUUCUUCAUAAUUCCAUUGAUCUAUAUGAUUGUAACACAAGGAAAGAUAUUCCGCUCUCUUCGGGCGAACGUCAUUCCAAUGUGCAACUCGCACAUCAUCAACACAAAUCAAAGACAUAAGAAAGUUGCAAAGACACUUGCAGCUCUUUCUCUUGCCUUUUUUUCUUGUCAGUCUCCGUUUAUGAUUCUUAGACUGCUGAAGUGUUUUAACUUAGUGUCCCCCGGUCUAGUCUGGAGAGCGGCUCAACUGAUGAUAUUUCUGAAUGUGGCACUCGAUCCUUUAUUAUAUGGCUAUUACGGAGAAAAUUUGAAGUCUAAGGUUCGACGAUUCCUUCGAUGUAAUUAACAGGACGGGUUGAACUCCGAGAACAUCCCUGCAAAAUCAUCUCAGGCUUCUCACGAGGUGUACGGGUAACACCUGCCACAUUCUCGUAAAACUAACCGAGGAGACAUUAGUUACAUCGGAAGAACACCAUUACUAUCGAUUCGGCUUUGCUUUUAGGAAAAUAAGUUUUUGGAUAAUGAUAGUAUAAGUGUGAAACGCCCUCUUGGAAAAUUUCUCAUUAUCGACAGAAUGAUG